AUGUCGCUGGACACGCACCACCGACUCAUCUCAGUCUUCCUGUCCCUCUGUCCUUUGUCGCGAGGCCUCUUCGAUCCCAUUCCAUCCCAUCUAAUCUCGUCCUGUACCUUCCCCCCACUCUGUGUUGUCUUGUCCUGUGCUAUCCUGUCCGGUCCGGUCAUGUACUGUCCUGUACCGUCCUGUGCUGUCCUGGGCUGUCCUGUGCUGUCCUGUGCUGUCCUGUCCUGUCGUGUUGGUUCCCCUCUUCUCCAAUGCACUCCCAACUAUACCUUGGCUCGCUCGCUCGCUCGCUCGUUCGCUCCUCCCACUCCACAAAACCACAGCGCCAGCCCCACUUCUCAGGCGGACUGUGAAGUGUAUGCGGACGUCUGGCCGGGAGAGAGAGGAGUCAGGCCAACGACAGCCCUUUUGCCAUUUCAGCUGCCAGCCUGCCACGAGAGGAGAGUAUUUUUUCAACGUUCAUUCCCUCCUCUCUCUCUCUCUCUCUCUCUCUCUCUUUCACCCUCUCGACCAUUCGUCGUCCGCUCUCCCCGGACUCCCGCCUCAUCGACGCAUAAACGCGGUAGCCACUAA